AUGUCAGAACAUGUAACAGGAAGUACUCCAGAUAUGCUCAAGUAUCUUCAAUCAGUCGAUCAUAAUGUUUGUUUGGCUUCGAUCGACUUUGCUGGACUUUCCUCACGUUCCUAUAUUAUUAAAGAUUUCUUGGAAGAAUACAGUGCAAUUAAAAAAUUGACUCUGAUGACUGAUGGCCGACUGUGA